CACUUCGAUAACUCCACUGGUAUAAAAGACGGUUAGAUAUUCAGAUUGUUACAUUUGAGUCGCUAAUCUCAAAUUACCAACAUUUGAAAAUGUUUUUCAAAGUAUUAUUCUUAGCAGCCUUCCUGGCUUUGGCUGCUGGUGAACAAUAUCCUUUGUUCCAACAAAACUACGGACAGUACCCACAGCAGUACGGAUACAACCAAGGACCCUAUCCUACCCCUUACCAAGUACCAUAUGCUCUUGAAAACCAAGGAUUCCCAUUCCAAUACCAAGGUUUCCCAUUCCAGUACCCAGGAUUAUACCCAUUCCAGUACCCAGGACAGUACCCAUUCCAGUAUCGUGGAUUGUACCCAUACCAGUACCAAGGCCAAUACCAGGGACCAUUCACAUACCCAUUUCAAGGUCCAUACACCUACCCAUACCAGGGCCAGUUCAAUAACCAAAACAGAUUUUACGGAUUUCCUUACUAUUACAACCAGGUUGCUGCUUAAGAAAUGAGUGCUUCUGAAAAAUCAAUUCUUCAACUUCCUACAAAACGUUACAAACAAUAUUUUUUUCACAUAAUUUUUAUUAAAGGAUAACUAAGAUUCAAAACUAUAUAAUCAAACCAUUAAAGUUGUAUAUAAAUAAAAUAAAAUCUAUUAUUACACUAUA